UGCCACCGGUUAGAGUGUAACAAAAACUUGAGUCUCCUUAUAACAAUAAACAUACUAGCAUGGAAGAAAUUGGUAUCUACCCAACACACACCCCUGGUAUUGGUCAGCCUGUCGAAAGUAUAAACUCGAAUGCCAAUGGGAAUGCCAAUAAGAAUGGCACAGACGUUUACUUGAAGCUGAAGAAGCUGGAAAAGGAAUUGCAACUUCUCAUGUUGCAAGAAGACUACAUCAAAGAUGAACAGCGCCACCUGAAGCGAGAACUGAUCAGAGCACAGGAAGAAGUGAAGAAAAUCCAGAGUGUUCCUCUUGUCAUUGGACAGUUUUUGGAACCUAUUGAUCAGCAAACGGGUAUUGUUUCGUCGACUACUGGAUCCAACUACGUGGUUAGAAUUGUGUCGACGUUGGACAGAGAGCUUUUGAAGCCUUCGGCCUCUGUUGCGCUUCACCGUCAUUCUAAUGCCCUUGUGGACAUUUUACCACCAGAGGCAGAUUCCUCAAUAUCGAUAGUGGGAGAGAACGAAAAACCAGACGUUACAUACAACGACGUGGGAGGAUUAGACAUGCAAAAACAAGAAAUCAGAGAGGCUGUGGAGUUGCCUCUCACGCAAGCAGAUCUGUACAAGCAGAUUGGUAUAGAUCCUCCUCGAGGUGUCCUUCUAUAUGGUCCCCCAGGUACAGGUAAGACCAUGCUGGUCAAGGCCGUUGCCAACAGCUCUACCGCUUCAUUUAUUAGAGUGAACGGCUCGGAAUUUGUGCAAAAGUAUCUUGGAGAAGGUCCUAGAAUGGUGAGAGACGUUUUCAGACUGGCCAGGGAAAACUCGCCAUCUAUUAUUUUCAUUGACGAAAUCGACGCAAUUGCCACAAAGAGAUUCGAUGCCCAGACAGGUGCGGACAGAGAGGUGCAAAGAAUCUUGAUAGAGCUUCUUACGCAGAUGGAUGGAUUUGACCAAUCCACCAAUGUCAAGGUCAUCAUGGCCACUAAUAGACCCGAUACGCUGGACCCGGCUCUUUUGAGACCUGGAAGAUUAGACAGAAAGAUCGAGUUUCCCUCGCUAAGAGACAGAAGAGAGAGGAGGUUAAUUUUCAGUACAAUUGCAGCCAAGAUGUCACUUUCCCCAGAGGUGGAUCUGGAUUCGUUAAUUAUGAGAAAUGAGCCACUGAGUGGAGCUAUCAUAGCUGCCAUUAUGCAAGAAGCUGGUCUCCGUGCAGUGAGAAAGAACAGGUAUGUUAUCUUACAGAGCGAUUUGGAAGAAGCGUACACGGCACAAGUGAAGACAGGAAAUGAAGUCGAUAAGUUUGAGUUCUAUAAAUAAGCAGUGAAAUUGAAGAUUCCGAUGCCUGGUUUGAAGGUUUCCCAUCCGUACUUAUCGAAUUCAAAAUGAUCCAUAUUAUAAUGCCACUUAUAGCUCCAUAUCUCAUGAUAACGGAGACUACUGUUCUUGAAGUUAAGCAUGGCGUUCUGUGGAGCUAUGAGAAGUACGUGUCCGUUAGCUUCUGUAAUGUCAGAUAGCAAUGGCUCGAGGGACUCGUACUCAUAGCCCAUGCAGUCUAUCACAAAUGGAGACGUCGCAUUUCUUGCUCUAUUUGCAAAGUCCGGCUCAUCUUUGUUGAUAUAUGAUAAUGAACCAUUUUGUAGGAACCAUGUUGGGGGCUUGUAUGUUCUCCAGAACACAAAGUUUCCUGAGUGAUGCUGCAGCUCUUGCAUAGCUGGAAUAACGCCUCCCUGAUGCAAUUUUCCCAUGAAAACCAGCAUUCCUAGGUUGAAUGGAAUCCAAAGCAUCAACAGCACUUUCUUGAUUGUGGACCUUGAUAUGUCAACGCAGCUGGCCCAUAAUGGCACCAUAGGAAUGAGGAAACGAAGCUCUUGGUGUGGAACAAGGCUCAAUACUAUCAUUCCCGAUGCCACUGUCAAGAACGACGUAGACUUGAUGUUUUUUGUCGUGAAUGGAAACACUAGGAAUAUCAGCGGGCCAAACAUGGUUGGAUAGUUCACGAGUACGUGCUGGUAGUAUGGAUGCAACCCGUGUUGUGCCAGAUUAGAGAUCUUGCUGUUG